CAGUCAGUUCAUGGCCAGUUCCGGAGAACAGAAAGUAGCUGCAACAGUUCCUGGGGUUUGCUAACUUCUAUAGAAAGUUUAUCCGGAACUACAGUACCGUUGCCGCUCCCCUCACUGCUUUAACCAGCACCAAGCAACCCUUCACCUGGACCCCAGCAGCUGACAAAGCCUUCAGUACCCUCAGGUCUAGAUUCACCUCUGCUCCCAUCCUCCAGAUGCCUGAUGGGGACCGGCAAUUCAUUGUGGAGGUGGAUGCCUCUGAUGUGGGAGUCGGUGCUGUGAUUUCUCAAUGGGCUGCGGAGGAUAAGAAGCUCCAUCCCUGUGCGUUUUUCUCACAUCGGUUGUCCCCCGCGGAGUGCAAUUACGACAUAGGGAACCGAGAGCUGCUAGCUGUAAAGCUUGCCCUGGAGGAGUGGCGUCACUGGCUGGAGGGGUCCACCGUUCCAUUCCUCGUUUGGACGGAUCACAAAAACUUGGAGUACAUCCGCACGGCCAAGCGGUUGAACCCCAGGCAGUCCCGCUGGGCCCUGUUCUUCACAAGGUUCAACUUCACUCUGUCAUACCGGCCUGGAUCACGCAACACCAAGCCAGACGCCCUCUCCCGCCAAUUCCAGAAAGGUGACACCCCCUCCAGGGAUCCGGUGUCAAUUCUGCCCAGUCCCUGCGUCGUAGCACCUCUGACCUGGGAUGUCGAAGAACAGGUGCUGGAAGCCCUCCGUAACCAGCCAGGUCCCAGCACUUGUCCAGCGGGCCGCCUCUUUGUCCCCGAAAACCUGAGGUCCCAGGUCAUUCAGUGGGGACACGACUCCCGCCUAGCUUGUCACCCUGGCUCCACCCGCACUUACAACCUGCUCGUCCAGAGGUUCUGGUGGCCCUCUCUCGGACGCACCGAUGGAAUUUGAUUCGGUUGUUAUCGCUCACUCUACACAGUAAAUAGAUGCUGGCUUGGUGUGUUUGAAGUUCAAAAUCUCAGUGAGAGGGUUUCUUCCACUCAAGAAAACUUACUAUCUUUCUUUAAAAUGGCUUUGAGAGGAAUACAUUUGAUGGCUCCAACUGUGCUGAUAAUUCUGAUGAGAGUCUUCAGUGUUCAAACUCUCAGGUGUCAUCUGACAGAAUAUCAGACUGGGAAUGAAUGCUGUCCAAUGUGUCCUGCUGGAAAUCAAGUUAAAACCCACUGCACAGAGUUCAGAGACACAUCAUGUCUCCCCUGUGAAGAUGGGACUUUCAUGGACAAACUUAAUGGACUGAAACAAUGUCAUCAAUGCAUUAACUGUGAUUCAGGUUCUGGUCUGAAAAUAACGCCGUGUACACCAACAUCAGAUACCGUGUGUGAACCGGUGGAGGGAUUCUUCUGUAUCGACCCUGGAAGUCCAGGCUGCACAGCAGCUCAGAAACACAAGAGCUGUGAACCGGGACAAUACAUCAGAGAGAGAGGAAACGCCUCCUCAGACACCGAGUGCUCAGACUGCAGCAGUGGAACAUUUUCAAAUGGAACGUUGACGUCUUGUCAGCCGCACACACAAUGUGAAACAAACCACCUCCAGGUGAUAAAAGCAGGAACGGCUUCAACCGAUGCUGAAUGUGGAGAACAAUCGUUCACAAUUCUAAUUCUGGCAGGAGCAGUUGUUUCUGUCAUUUUUUUAUGUCUGUUUGUCUUGGUGUUAAUCAUCUACAAAAAGAAGUUAAUAGAAAAUGUAAAAGAACAUGCUGUAACUGGUGGAAAGGUCAAACAGAAUGGAAGCAACAAUAUUAAACAAAGGACGGCAACACUGGAUGGAAACGAAGGGAACAAAGAAUUGCAGGUUUUAACAGAAUAAGGUUCAAACCUUGCACAGUAAAACUACUGCCUGCAUGUCACAUCUGUUUACUGUGGAGUAAAUGUGCUUCAGAGUCCAGUUAAAGUCCAGCUGGAGGCUGACACGUUGUCUUCAGUGUACAGAAAUCACACAUAAGCUGCUUCACCUCAACACGUACCAUCUCCCUCAGAUCUCACUGUGCACAGAUUAAAUUAGUGAAGGAAGUGACAUCAGGAGAAACAUCUGCUGAGGAAUCAGUAAAGUUUCAUCUUAAACAUACAGACUGGAAUCUUUAACUUGCAGCAAAAAUGAACAUUAAACUCCCUGCUGACGGCGUCGUGCUGCAUGAGACUUUUUAUCUGGACAUUGUUGACGCUGAAGACAGAAACUAACCAUAUAUGGGAGAGACUGAAACCUUCAAUGCAGCAUUACUGGAAUACUUGCUGAUGAUAUCAGACAGGAAGGACAUAUUUUCUGCACCUGAAAUCCUGAUCCAGACAGCUGACGGCUGCUUGAUGAAGAAGAGAACUCUGUCGCCUCACAGAGGGAAGGUUUCAGGUUCAAAUCCUGGCUGGAACUGUCUAUGUAUGGAGUUCUAAGGUUCUUCACGUGGUUUCUUCAGGUACUCCAGCUUACAGACCAGCAACCAGCAGGUUAUGGAGACGGGAGUCUAAGUCAACUGUCAGAGUGAGCGUCAUUGCUGACGGCGGGUGAGACUCACUUCACGCCCUCUGCAACCCUGGAGAGGAUGAGGUAGAUUUAAAAAAAAAAAAGAAAAGGAAAAAAAAACAAAACAAAAAAGAAAAACUUUGUCAGGGAUGUAUUGAUGAUCCAUUUAAUUAAUUCCAGGUGGGAAAGAAGCUGCUGGUCUUUGAAAUAUUUAAAAGAAAAGAUACGUUAAAUCAAGAAGGAGAAGUUGUUUCGGGUUGAACCCAAGAAGAUUAUAAAAGAUUAGAUUAUGUUAUCCUUUAUUUCUCCCUCAAUGGGGAAACUCACUUCAUGCAGCAGCAGUACACUUAACACACACAUGUAGGGGAGGGGUAAAAAAUAUAUAAUUAUGAAAUAUAAACAGUAUAUAAAAGAAGAGCAGAGUCAAAAGUUCAUGAAGCAGUGUUUUUUAUCUCUGAUGAAACCACCAGCUACGUAUGUUUGUCUGAAAGGACCACGCCUGAGUAGCUGCUCCAGUUCCUGCUCCCUCUGAUAGAUGUACCAUAUGUUUUCAUCUACUUCUAUCAGGUUGUUUUAUUUAUACAUUUGUUUUCCUAACUCAUCUGCUGCAGUAAACAUCCCUUUGAUGAAGAAAUGUUAACAAUGAAAAUGUGGGAAUGUUAAAUAUUGUGAAUUUCUUCAUGACUGAUGGGAUAUACCACCUCCACAGCUCCAGAUUUGUCCUAAAAACCCAACUUGAAUGUUUUUUUAGGAUCUUAAACAUUUACAUUGAAACCGUUUUGUUGAUCUUUAUGCAAUGUUCUUACUUUAUGCACUUUUGUAUCAUCUUGCACAUGUUCUUGGUUACUAAAACUAACUUUGUACAAGUGAUAGAUUCCAUCACUCGAAAAACACCAAGAAGUCUCUGCACUCUUGGUGGGAGGUACUUCAAGGAAUGAGAGCUUCUUCAAACAACAUCAUUCAAAAAAGGCUGCACCUUUGUGAAAAAACAGACAUGUCAUGAGUUGGUCUUUAUAUGCUGCAGGAUUAUUUCUUUGUCUGGCAUAUUUGAAAUUGCUGCAAACACCUCUAGAAUGAGGAUAAAACGCUACGCAGCUCCAACAGGUGUCCCCUCACCUGCUUCCCGUCUCUCCAAGUGUGGUGGAGCGCUGGUCCAGAGAGAUGGUGGGAUGAGCAGGUGGAUGGACAUGAUGUGACAGGCAUCAACAUCCAGGCCACGGGGCAGGACUAAGCCGCUGCCGUUCUCCAAGCGGGAGAGAUGACUGCUGCAAUUUCCCCCAAUACAUCAGAGGAGGGUUCUGGAUUGAACUGAGAGGAGACGGAGGAGGAGAGCAGCACCAUGGUGGACUCUAUCAUGUCCCCCAUUAGCUUUUCUUGGACGGUUGGAGAAGUCCUGGUGACUCGUGUCCCUCAGCCACCAUGGAAACCACAUUAAUGCUUGCAGUUCGAGCCACCAGGCGGGGUGGGGCCAUUUACAGAUUACAUGUCAUACAUGUUUUGACGUUUGAACACAUUGGGGGUCCAGAGGCCUGUUGUAAAACUGACUACCUGCACUUCUUUUAGCUGACAUGAAAAAUGAUUAGUCUCAUUAUUUGGACCAAAGCAGGUUAGAGAUGCUUUUCUGACCUCACAAACAUUCCAGAUGUUCAGUUGUGCAGCAAAACAACAUUUUCAACGACUGCCUCAGCUGCUCAUCAAGGACAAUGAAUUCUAUAGUUUUGUCCCUUGCUGCUCUGGAUCUCUGGCUUUCUUUAGGGAAUUUCUGUCUUUUAUUUAUUUUAGACUGGCUGAAUCGUUUGCACUUUUUUUCCUCUGACUCGAUAAACUCAUGCUUUUUGUUGUGAUGGCUCCUUAAAUGCUCAAAAAGGUUAGCUCCUGUUACGUUGUACACACGACCAGAAAUGAUGCUGUUGAGAUUGCCACAUUUAGGGGAAUUUACAGAGCCUGACAUGCCAGGGUGCCAUGAACCAUUUUAUCAUGAAAUUUAAUCUGACAGGUAAAUAAAACCUAUACAACCUACUGAUCUAGAA